AUGUCUAAAUUAGAACUUGAAAAAACCCUAGAGCUUUCAGAUUUGACUCAUGCAUUUAUUUAUAAAGAUUUGAUUAGACCAUCAAUUGCUAAUGCCUUUUGUUACACACUUCAGCAAAUGCCUGUUGCUUUCACCAUUUAUUUUUUGGAACAAACCUAAAAUCAAUUGCAUGUUGCAACAUUUGGAGUUGGAACUAUUUUCUAUUAAGCUUUCGGGUUCAGUGCUAUGAAUGGAUUAGCUAGCGGUUUACAAGCUUUGGCUUCUUAGGCAAUAGGUGCAUAAAAAUUUUAAUUUUGUGGUAAAUUGUAUUAUCAAUCGAUUUUCAUUGCCUGUAUUUUAAUUAUACCAAUAUCCAUAAUACUAUAUUCAUCAGAAGACAUAAUGCUGUUUAUGAAAAUUGAUUCAGAAUUGGCUGAAGCAACUGGACUCCUAAAUAAAGGCAUGAUCUCAGUCAUAUUACUUGAAGGCAUAUUUGCAUAGACCAAAGCCUUUCUAAAUGCUUAGAACCUUUAUCACCUUUCCGUGUACACUCACUUUGCAUCUUGCUUCUUAUCUCUGAUAUUUAAUUACUUCUUUAUUUCAAUUUUAGAAAUGCAACUAAUGGGAGGUAUUAUUGCUAGAAAUCUCCUUGAGCUCUCCAAUAAUUUGAUUAUAAUCUAUCUCAUAAAGAAAUUCGAUUGUUGCAAACAAACACUAAUCAAAUUUGACUGGUCCUUAUUAGAUGGUACAUUCAAAUUCUUCAAAACUGCCUUGCCAAUCGGAUGUAUAUUUUGGUAUGAAAGCAUUUGUUUUGAACUAUUCUAAAUCCAGGUGAACUAUCUAGCCUCUUUGCUACUGAGCUUAAAUGUCUUAAUGUACACUGUAGCAUUGAUUGCUUAUUAAUUCAGUUAUGGAAUAUCCAUAGCUGCAACUACUUUUGCUGGAAAUGCAAUGGGAGCAAAGUCAGUCAAACUGGCUAAGUAAUACACUAUUGGAUCCUUUGUUUUAUUUGGAGGAUUUCAAAUUUUAUGUCUGGCAUUAAUUAUUUGUUACCAACAAGAAAUUGUUUAAUUUUUGACUUCAGAAGUUGAAAUGGAAGUACUAUUCAUAAAGUUUUUGCCUGUUUUACUAAUCUAAAUUGUGACUGAUGGGGUUUAAGCCUUAGUUUCCGGCAUUGUAAAAGUUAUAGGAAAAGAGCACUUUGCCUCUAAAUCUAUGAUGUUUUGUUACAUUGUUUUUGGAUAACCAACUGCUUACUUAUUGACUUAUGUUUGGGACUUUGAAUUAGCAGGAGUUUGGUGGGGAAUGAUUGUUGCAGCUUCUACAUAUUCUUUAUUAUAAAUAUAUAUUAUGUUGAAAAGUGAUUGGCAUCAUUUAUCAAAUGAAAUCAAUGAUAAAAUACAUUCUAUGGGUGCGCAUCAUGCUGACACAGAAUUAUAACUAUUAGAAAAAGCUUGA